UUUGUUUUACUUUUUUUCAGGCGGAAACGAAGCUUGCUCAAAGAAGGCAAGCGAGGGCUGAGGCCAGGAAAAUCAGAAUGUUGGAAUUGGAAAAGCAACAAAAAGAAGUUGACGAGAAAAUGGAUAUGGAAUAUAAAAUGCAACAAGAAGAAAAAAAGACUCAGCUUAAAGAGCUCCCAAGUUCUAGACAGAAAUGGUACCACCGCCGAACCUCCCUGCAAGUGCCUAUGAUUACGAGUAAUAAGAGGAUGAACAUGUUGACAAAGCAAGCAGAGAUGGUGGUUGCGGCAGGGUCUGGGAGUUCAGGUAGCAGACCUUCCUCUCGGAGAGGCAGCACAGAAUCUGUGGAGCAUGAUCUUUUGAAGGGGUCAACAAACUCUGAGGAGGUUCAGGUGCAUGUAGCACCCCAUAGGGGUGGCAUUGACCCCCGUGAAUUGGAGCCUCUGAAGGGGUCACCAAACGGGGAUGAGGUCCAGUCUGAAUCCCAAACGGGAGGAUUGGACUUAGACGAGCAAGAAUUACUCAAGGAUGCGGUGGCUGACCUCGAAGAGAAGUACAAGAAGUCGAUGAUGACCAAUGCUCAGCUGGACAAUGAGAAGUCCACACUGGUCUACGAAGUUGACUGCCUCAAGGAUGUCCUGGCCGAUCAAGAGGAACAUAUGAUGGAGCUUAGCAGAGAAGCCAGGGAUAAACAUAGAGACUUAGAAUCAAAGAAGCGUGAGAAUGUCGGACUAAAGAGAGAAGUAGACAUUCUGAGGGAAAUGGUAGAACAACGUGAUCAACUCAUUUCGGAACAUGGUUUAUUACUCGUCGGAGGAGAGCAAGCAGACGGGGACUCUUCCAAACCUGUACAGCCAACGGUCGGAACCAUCGUAGUGGUAUCGCCUGAGGCAGCAGAACUCUUAGAAGUCGUCGGUGACGGCCCCCUCGAUGUCAGGCUAAAGAGAUUUGUUGAGGAGAGAAAAGAACUCCUUGAGCAGAUCAGAAAACUGAAGAUUGAGUUAGAGGAAUCAAAAGAAAGGGCAGAGAACGCAGAAAGAAGAAGAGCGAAUCCCAUCACAAUAAAUGGACCAGAUUUAGAUGCACAUGAUUUACAAAGAGAAGCAACGAAACAAGUUGGUGAAUACAAGUUCAAGUUACAAAAGGCAGAACAGGAUAUCACAAAUCUAGGUGGACAGGUUGUGAGACUAGAGGGUCAGGUCAGAAGGUAUAAAACAGCUUCAGAAGUAGCAGAAAAGAAUGAAGAGGAACUCAAACUAGAAAAGAGGAAAAUGUCAAGAGAGCUCCGGAUAUUACGGGAGAAAGUAGAAGAAGUGGAGACAUCGAAUACGCAUUUACAGAAACGACUAGACAAAUUCAUUAAACGAAAACCGGAACACUGAUAGCUGGCAGUUAUGUAGAUUUUAAGCUUCUAUUUAACCUACAGAGUACGUCAUUUGUAUUUUAAUUUUCAAAGUAAUGACUGGCCUGACUUUUAUAUCAGGAAAUUGCUGUUGAAGACAACUUGGAUUGAAUAAACUCGUAGAGGUAAAGGCCUGUAUUCUUUAAGUCAGGUUAAUUCACUCUCUGGUCUAAAGUUGUGUUUUAACUUUGGAUAACCAAUUAUGACACAUUUUCUUUACAGUACAUACUCAUGUUGUCUUGUCAUUUGACACUCAAAACAUUUGUACUGUCUAGGAAUAAUAACUGAAUAAGUUUUCUUCACCAUUAUAAAAGCAUGGGGAAGGAACAGAUUCAACAUGAAAAAUUUGGCUUCCGAUAAUAUUAGAACAGAGUUAGACAAUGACCUAAGUUUUACUGGACUUCCAAAUACAGGCCAUAGUGCUUAGGUCAUUCGGUCAUUCCGUUCGCAAGAAAAAUGCACAUGGAAUAAAAGUUAUGAUACUGUAUAUUUAGUAAAUUUUCAGGUGCAGUAUGUUGUGCCAUGGAUUGCAGAGUUACUUUAGAAGUUCUUUAAUCUCAGCUCAUCAUUAUUAUUCUUGAGUGGUAAUUCAAUAAAAACGUCUAAAAUCCCUAUUUAAGAAUAAAAAUCAGCAACUUUUUCUUUGAAACUUGCAUCGUUUUGGCUCGUAAUAUUAUUUUUAAAAACCUAGUAUAAAGCAUUAAAAAAAUGUUAUUGCCAAUUUGAGGAUAAAAAAAGAUUAAUCUAGACUUAAAGUGAUUUUGUGUACUUCUAUGGGUUAAAGCUAAUAUGUAAAGAUAUUCUGCUUUUUCACCUCAUUUUUUUAUCCUCAAUUAAUCCAAGUGAAACAUCACAUUGAAAAUAUGAAAGUCAACUAUUACUCAACUACAUCAAAAGAUUAUUUGAUAUGUAGUAAGUGCUCGAUGUGCACAAUGACAUUGACAAAGAAUAAGUACAUGUAUAUAUGCGCCAAAGCUCCAGGAAUAUUCAGAGUUACUUAGUGGUAGACCCAGGCCUUUGAAAAAUAGGGGGCGCAAAGAGCAGAAAGAGGACGGGGUGCAGAUGAUAAUUUCUUGGAUUUAACUAUGUUACAAUAGUAUGUUCAACAGGUGAUUUUCAAAAUAUAGAAGGGGUGCACAUACCCUGCGCCCCCCCCCCCCUCCCUUGAUCUGCCACUAUACUUGUAUACAAGGCAUUUAUUAGGGCCACUACAAUAGAACAGUAAAGUUAGGAGAUAAAACCAACAUCAAUAAGUUAUUCUAAAUAUUAUGGGUGCAUACAUGUACAUGAAUCAUAGAGGUUCUUCGUGCCAAAGAAACAUGACCAAAAUUUAUAGUGACAAAUUUUGAAGUUAUUUUGAGAACCCGUUCUGGAAAGGAAAUCCGCACCAUUUGCUGUGAAGAAGUAAAACGUGAACUUCCCAGUUUCAAGUAGCAUCUCUUCUUUACAUGACUUAAGUUCAGUUUGAUAUAAAUUCAUACAUGUACAGACAGGACAUUGAGCUUAGGCUCACAAUAAGGUGCUUAAAAUGAUAGGGUGUUAAAGCAGUGUUAUUAAGGUUGAUAUUAAAAGUAUUGCUCGUACUGUAUGUCUAAAUGUGAUUUCAAAUUCACUGUUGACAUCUUUUGUAUUGGUGUGAGGUCAAUGUUUCACCUCGCCUUAGCAUCGAACCUAUGAUCAAGUUGGUCCUGGGAUCAAUUUCAUAAUAGGUGUUGAGACAUCAUUACCAUUGUUUUGGAGUAUUCUUGUAAAGACACCUAACGAUAACAGGAACGCUUGAUAGUGCAAAACCAGGGUAUUAUAGCUUUCAUCCUCUCUGAGUUUUAAGGACGAGGGGGGAGUUUCACAAAUAUUUAAUUAUGACUUAGUGUCGCACCUAAAUGCUAAGUUGAGUUCAUUAUAAAAGGCAUGACUGCAUUGGUCAGAUCAUGCCAAGAGGACGCGCACUACUGCAUUGAAAUAAAUAAGAUUGCGCGUUGCAUAUCAUACACGCGCUGGCAUUUAAGUGCGACGCUUAGUCAUACUUAAUCUUUGUGAAACACCCCCAGGUCACGAAAUACGAUAAGGCACUGUGCUAGAACAUAUUCCACUAGUUUACAAGGUGAAUUACCGAUCGCUUAACCUUAUUUCAUUGGCUUGUGCAAGAUUGUUGAAAGGGAACAAAUUCAAAUUGCAAAUUUCCAAUCAUGUCCAUUAUCUGGACAAAAGACAACAGCUUUGCAUAUUUAUUCACUCUGAUGUAUUUUUGUUGUCCUUCUGUAUCCCCCCCCCCCUCUCUCUGCCUGCCUGUCUGUCUGUCUCUUUUUCUCUUUCACCCAAUUGUUUAAGGAGCAUAUUGUGUUCUCAUCUGUCCUUGCUUGAGCUGUAGAGGGCAGUAGAUGGUCUUCCAUUGCGCGAAUGCACCUGAUUUUAUGUUAUUUAUAACUAUUUCAGUUUAGACCCCCUAUUCUUUCCCUGCUAGUGUAUUAUAGGUGAUAGAAUACUGCAACCCCCCAUCCGCAGUUGUCUUUUUAACUUCCAAAUCUAGUGAGCAUUUACCCUCCCCCAUUCCCUUAUCCAAUGAGAUAACACUAAUAGUCAAACAGUAACUACAAAUUUGGUCGUUGUUGAGGUUUCUUCUUUUGAAAUACUGCUUAUUUUAAUAAUCAAAAUGUGGAUGAGUAUGCAUACAUGUAUGUAGUACAAUUGUACUUUGUUAUUUCAGCGACCCACUGAUUUGUAAAUUAUAUUGGAUUACAAUGUAAUACAGUGUACAUUGUCAUAUUAUUUCAUGAUUUUAAUGAUCAAAACUGUGUUUGUUAGUUAUCAGUAAUGUUUAAAUAAUUAAAUACCCACAUAUUUCUUAUGAGCAUAAUGUAUCAUACCUCGGCCACAUUUGCUCUACGGCGGCCGUAAGGCGAGUCGAAAAUCAGCCGUUUUAUUCAUUUUCAUUUAAUCCACCUAUAUGUAGCUGGUACAAAAAAUGUUAAAAACGGCUGUUUUCAACUCGCCGUAGAGCAAUUACAGUAUGACCGAGGUAUGAGGGUUGAAUGAAAAACAACCACUUUUCUGUAUAAAAUGCAUCAUAGUUUAUCAUAAUGUAGCAAACGGACAUACAGUGAUAGGUUUCUUUAUUUUUUCAUCAUUAUUAUUCAACAUAAGACCUUUUUUUAUGUCAUCAGUUAUAACUACAAAUAAUGAGAAAACUUUUUUUUUAACAAUUCCAAAUCAUGGUAUGUUAAAGGACAAGUCCACCCCAACAAAAACUUGAUUUGAAUAAAAAGAAAAAAAAUCAACAAGCAUAACACUGAAAAUUUCAUAAAAAUCGGAUGUAUAAUAAGAAAGUUAUGACAUUUUAAAGUUUCGCUUCAUUUCACAAAACAGUUAUAUGCACAUCUCGGUCGGUAUGCAAAUGAGGGAACUGAUGACAUCACUCACUCACUAUUUCUUUUGUAUUUUAUUAUAUGAAAUAUGAAAUAUUUUGAUUUUCUCGUCAUUGUCAUUUGAAAUAAAGUUCCAUUCCUCCCUGAACACGUGGAAUUCCAUAAUUUUAACAUUUUGUGCUUCAGGCAAGGAGGUCAUAAUCAUCAAAUUUGUAAAAAUUGAAAUAUUGUACAAUUCAAACAAUAAAAAGCAUAAGAAAUAGUGAGUGAGUGACAUCAUCGACUCUCUCAUUUGGAUGUAACUGGCUUGUUCAUUCAUUUAUUUUGUGAAAAAUAAGCGAAACUUUGAAAUGUCAUAACUUUCUUAUUUUACAUCCGAUUUUGAUGAAAUUUUCAGCAUUGUGCUUGUCUGAUUUUUCUCUAUUGAUUCAAAUUAACAUUUUUCUGAGGUGGACUUGACCUUUAAAGAGGAACUGUUAGUUAUCUUUUACUUUACCAGAUUGUUUUUACCAGAUUUUUUAUUUUCGCUAUGACUUAAAAUGACGUACAAAGUGCAGUUUAUUAUAUAAUCAAAGUAUUUUUAAUAAUCUUUAUGGCUUUUGUCUUUGAUAUCAUUGAUUUUCUGAAAACCUCUCAUCCAUCUCUCAAGCAUUUUGAUUUUCAAAGGGGGGUUUCAUUGCCCUGUGUAUCAGUGUAUCAACAAAUUUACAUAAAGAAUCUGCUGCAGUUAAUGAGGUUUGGUAAAGGUCAUGUCUCAUUAAGUGUACAUUUCAGAGAUCAGAUUGCAUUACACUGAAUUGUAAAUAUUACUGUACAACUACUAGGUUCAAAAGAAAGCUGUAUAGAUAUGAAUUAAACUCAUCCAACAAGGCAAUAACUUUAGAAUAUCGUACUCUAGCCUGUGCUAUUAAAGCCUAUGU